UUGUUUGAACUUAGAAGUGUCGCCUUUCAUUACACGAAUGAUCACUUCUCAGGCGCUUCCCAGUCAUUCUUCCUUUUCGCCACGGCUUUUCCCAUAUUUAUUCUUGGUCUUGGCGUUGUGGGCUACGACAUAUACACUAAUGAGGAACGGGACCGGUUUCAUUUUGUACAACGACUUGUCCGUGACAUAGACGAGGUAGGCAUAUUUGUCGUUGUUCCUGCCACCGCGGCGGUCCUGGUAAUUCUAACACUGUUGCGAUUGCAUCAGUUACGAAUUAUGAGAAUCUAUCAAAACAGGAAAAGCGCUGAUGAUUAUUUGGCAGUCGGUUCAAGGAAUGUUGUUCAAAAACACCAGGUUUGUUCAUACGCUCUAUUUCGAAAAUGUAUUAAUAGUGAAUUGAAAAGAGAUUUUAGUAAUCAUGAAAGCAGUUUCUCUACCAGGCUGUAA